ACAGAGGACCGGAGAGGAAGAAGAAGCUCAGGCAGAAGCUGAUUAGUGCACUCAGCAGACACAGGUGGUGGUCGACUGUAUCUAACCGAAGAACCGAAAACAGAGAAAGAAAAAUCCAUCACCAUGAAGAACGAAGGUAUAGAGGGAACAGAGAGGUUUCUGAGCCCGGAAAGAGGCAGAGGUCUGCAGGCGGUGAGGCACUUCGCGGUGGGGGAGCUGGUGUUCGCCUGUCCUGCUUACUCCUACGUGUUGACAGUGAAUGAGAGGGGGGCUCACUGUGAACACUGCUUCACCAGGAAAGAGGACCUUUUUAAGUGCGGAAAAUGUAAGCAGGCCUACUACUGCAACGUUGACUGCCAGAGAGGUGAUUGGCCCAUGCAUAAAGGGGAGUGUAUAGCCAUGUGUGCUUAUGGGGAGAACUGGUGUCCAUCAGAGACCGUCAGACUGGUGGCCAGAAUCAUCAUGAAACAGAAAGUCACAACAGAGCGCACCCCUUCAGAAAGACUGCUACUGCUCAAAGAGUUUGAAGCCCAUUUAGAUAAGAUGGACAGUGAGAAGGAUGAGAUGAACCAGGCAGAUAUAGCAGCCCUGCACCACUUCUACUCCAGACACAUAAGCGACCUCCCUGGCGACCAGGCCCUCACUGAGCUCUUUGCACAGGUUAACUGUAAUGGAUUUACCAUAGAGGAUGAGGAGCUCUCACAUCUGGGUUCAGCUGUUUUUCCUGAUGUAGCACUGAUGAAUCACAGCUGUAGUCCUAAUGUCAUAGUGACCUAUAACGGCACAGUGGCUGAGGUCAGAGCUGUGCAAGAGAUAAACCCUGGAGAAGAGAUCUUUAACAGUUACAUAGACCUGCUCUAUCCUACAGAGGACAGGAAAGAGAGGUUGUUAGAUUCCUACUUCUUCACAUGCCAGUGUACUGAGUGCACCACCAAGUCUAAGGACAAAGAAAAAAUGGCGAUCAGGAAGCUGAGUUCUCCACCAGAGCCAGAGGAAAUCCGAUCCAUGGUCCGUUACGCCAAGAAUGUCAUCGAGGAGUUCAGGAGAGCCAAACACUACAAGAUCCCUAGUGAGCUACUGGAGAUGUGUGAACUCAGCCAAGAGAAGAUGGGCGCUAUAUUUGCUGACACCAACGUCUACAUGCUGCACAUGAUGUAUCAGGCCAUGGGUGUCUGUCUCUACAUGCAGGACUGGGACGGAGCCAUGAGCUAUGGAGAGAAGAUCAUUCAGCCAUAUAGUGUUCACUACCCAGCCUACUCUCUGAAUGUGGCGUCUAUGUAUCUAAAACUGGGACGUCUGUAUUUGGGGCUGGAGAGGAAGACACAAGGAGUCAAAGCUCUGAAGAAGGCACUGGCCAUCAUGGAGGUGGCUCACGGGAAGGAUCACCAUUAUGUAGCAGAAGUUAAACGAGAGAUCGAGGAGCAGAAGUAAAAAAGGAGGAGCAGGAGAAGAAAGAAAGAUUAAGAAGAGAGGCACCGGUGCAGGAUUUCUUUGUCCAUUCUGUCAACAUAUUUUGGCUGAGGAUGACCACACUUACCACCUACAGCUGUCUACUUCCUGUCAAACCUGGACUUAAAUGCAAAAAGAUUUAAUGUUUAAAAAAAUGUUUGAAAUGAAAAAAAAAAAACAAAAAAAAAACAUGUUCUAAGGCUCCCCAAGUUUCUCUCAUUUACACCUCAAGCAAUUGCAUUGCUUCUUUGGCAUGAUGUCCUCAUAUCUGCAGUUAGGUAUUUGUAUCAACCUUAUUUGAAAAUGUUGGUUUCUGUUUCCUGAAGCUCAUUAAACCCCUUCAACACCCAGCUGUAACUCCAAAAAGGAUCACAUCAGUGGAGAAAGUAGAAAGACAUUUUAAAGCUGGCUUCUGGAAGAAACAAGGCUUUUUGGAGAGCUAUGUGAGACCAUUUUCUGGAGUGAUUUUUGCCCAGUUUUUGUUUCCUUGUGAGUCUGAAAUCAUUCACUGUUGGGACAUGUCAACAAACCGUUCGAUGUUUCAGUGACAGAAGUUUGACCUCCACAUCAGAUUCUCAGUGAUUUGAAAUUCUCUUCAAACCGUUGAGUAGUCUAUCAAAUAUUCAGCAACAGAGUUUCCGGUUUUAUUGAUUUUUGUUUAAACUGUGAAAAAAUAAUGACUGACCAUGCAUCAGGUACUCUGUAGCAACGGAGAAGAGAAUGCAAAAACUAUUCCUGAAUGAAUAACCAGUGGUUUGAUUAGCUUGUCUUAUAUACUUUUUGCCUGUUUUUAAAGAACCAGAAAGUGUUGCAUGUUUUACUGUUUAUGUUGUGUAUUUUGUUAUUUCCUAUGAGGCUUGUUGACCAAAAGGGCCACGGGUUUAACUGAUGAGGAACCAGCUAUAAUUCUCUGUUCAUAGUAUAUCCUUAAACAGGGCUGCUGAUCUGAGACCAGUUUGCCUCGUAAGUCGCACUGAAGACAUUGGUACUAUGAGCCCUUUGCUGUCAGGAAAAAAGGCACAACACUGUAGCUUUUGUUUCCUUUUGUCAAGAGAUACAAAAUUGUACCUUUUUUAAUGUUUUUUCAAACGCUUCAUGAAUCCAGAUUGUCAUGACCCUGGGACUGGACCAUCAAGUCACCUUAGCAGCAGUGGGCAGGAUAUACCUUUUACAUUUUGUUAAAAUAAUAACAAGGGGGGAAUAUAAUCAUCCUCACCAUACACUUUAAACUUUAUAGUCAACAUGAAUGAAUGCAGUAUUUCUUAAAUAGACUGGGGUGAUUUAAAGACCAUGAUGUAUAGCAGCUGUUUUACCAACAUGGCAUUUUUAAGGUAGCAUUACCUUCAGCAGGAAUGGGUACGUAAAACAAAUUUUAAGAAUCUGUGUGGGUGGUACAUUUAAGUUGUGAUUAAGAGAAGUGAGACAAAACAAAAGGUUGCUGUGUUUUGUGGUUUUAAAUGGGCACUUUAGAAACUAAGACCCCUACAUCAUGAGGAGGAGGAACCUGUAGUUUUCUCUCUGCUGAGAUUUGAUUUGACUAAAUCAUUAUUUAGAAAUCCCAAGUCAAAGGCAACUGGAUUUGCUUUCUGUCAUUUGUUGCUCUUAUAAAUCUGAGGCUAAGUCGGUAGGGAGUGAUGGAGGUUGAAAGAAGCUGCAAAUUAAGGCAAUGCAAAGAUUAUCAUUUUGGCCUUACUUAAUUUAAGGCUUCUUGUUUGUGACAAAAUGAUGUCAAAAUGGCAAACCUGUUAGCUCAUUUUGUUUCAGUUUAUCUGUUUCUGUCAGUGGAUGGUUGCACCGCCAGAGGAACUUUCGUCAAAGGUCAAAAUCCUUCUUAAAGGCUGUAGCUUCUCCAUCAUGUUUACUAUGGAUCCAGUUUUAUGCACCACAUGAAUAUGGAGUGCUGAGCGCUAGAAAUAGCCCACUGUCAUGAGUUGCCUGUGGUCAUAUUCUGUAGCAACUCCUGGAUAGGUGACUGGAUUUCUCACCUGCAAAAAUGCAUCUAGAGGGUGCCUGCCUUACAGCUUUGCAUAGGUAAUCCAGAAACACAAUUUUAACAAUGCCUCAUGGUUAUUUUUCUGUACAUUUUUACAAAGGAAAAGCACCAUGACAAGUGAGUCUGCAGACUGGUUUACACUAGCAAAAACAACCAUCUAAACCCUCUGCCAAAUUCGAGCACUUCUGGUUACACAGACAGAAAAUGCAUAUAAUUUGUUUUCUAUUCAGAGAUGUCAUGAAAGAUAAAACAAGUGGCACAAAGGAUAACAUAUUGCAAUCUAUACUCAUGCUGCACAUACAAAACCAGAUGAGGACUAAUUGAAAGGUCACCCAUGUGAUGUUUCUUGCCGUUUCUGUAAGGAACUGAUUCUUUAUCAGGCAUGAAUGUUAUUCUAAUGGAAUGCAUACCUAAAUCCUGAGCCUCUGAUUCUUACUGUACUAUGUCAGUGGAUCCCAAUAAAUGACAGUAUGGCA